GUCCCAUGAUGAUCAUCGUGCAAAAGGUGACAGCUUUGGCCUACAGCCUACAUGAUGGAAUGUCUGGGCUGAAAGAUGAGGAGCUAACACCAUUUCAGCGUCAGCUCGUCCUAAGAAAGAAGCCCUCUGCAGUAGAGUACUUCGGCUACGCUCUCAACUUCCAUUCUGUACUUGCUGGACCAUUCUUCAUGUUUGCUGACUAUCAGGACUUCAUCGAUGGGACUAAUUACAGGAAGCGAGCUAUCAACACCUCUGCAGCAAUGAAUUCAUUGGAUAGUAACAGGAACAAAAGUCCCAGAGGCUUAAAAGUGAUGGAGAGAGAGAAGGAUGUAUGUAGGCCCGAGGAUGAACCCAACCCCAUGAGAGUGUCCCUCUACAAGGCAGGGUUGGCUGCCAUCUCUGCAGUUAUCACUGUUUGUGUUCUCCCCAAAUUUCCCAUGUCCUACCUCACAGACCCAGGGUAUUUCAGGUCUUCCUACCUACACAAGGCCUUUUACAUAGUUGCUGCGAUAUCUUGUACCCGACAUGUCUACUACACUGCCUGGCUUCUUGGGGACAGCAUCUGCAACAUGUCUGGCAUGGGCUUCAAUGGCUACAACAAGGAUGGAUCUGCCAAGUGGGAUCUCGUGUCAAAUGUCAACGUUGUGGGGGUGGAGACUGGACUGAGCCUGAGAGACACCCUUGAAGCAUGGAACAGUGGGACGAUGAAGUGGCUGCGCUUCAUGGUGUACGAACGCGCUGGCACAAACAAGACCCUCUUCACAUACAUGCUCUCCUCUGUCUGGCAUGGCUUUUACCCAGGAUAUUAUAUUACAUUUGUCAGUGGAGCCUUCUUCACUAUUGCUGCCAGAUAUGUUCGGCGGUGUGUGCGCUGGCGUGUCAUAAACCGUGGGCCAACUGCGAAAUUGGUUUAUGACGUUGUCACUUGCAUCAGCACACGCCUAUGUCUCGUCUAUUUCACCUUUCCUUUUGUUCUUCUGAGAUUCUGGGACAGCAUUGCUGUUUACAGAGAUAUGUAUUUUAUACCAGUCAUCAUUGGGAUAUUUGUAAUAGUGUUUCUACCAAAGAUCCUACCCCCAUUACCCCCCUCGUCUGGGACAAAAUCUGCAGAACAGAUAAAGGAGUCAACCGCACAAGUGGAGGACACCGGGCGGAAUGUAACGAAUGGCAUCGAAACUGUUACUGCUCAACACACAAAGAUUCAAUAAGUAUGUUGAUUCCACCCCCAACCUCGACUCAUCCACCACGUGGUAGCUAUGUGUAUGUUUUUGGCAUUUUGUCGAUGCCUACCACUAACUGGUGGUAUGUCACCCAUUUAACGACUGUAUCCUUGGUAACUUUUGUAUAUGUUAAUAUAAAUGAGAAUGAAAUUUUUGUAAUGGACAAUAGUUUAAAUAAAAUGUAGGUAAUGAAGGAUACCAAUGAGGUAGAGUAUAUGCCUUUCGCUGCACAACGGGUUGUCUCUUAUAGAGCUGCUCCUCUCACCAAAGCCUUGACAUUUUCCACAUUCUUCCAUCAAGUUAUAAUUGACUUGAGUCUCAAUAUAAUUACAGUUGUGCUCAAAGCACUCUUUUUGUAUGAGGUAAUGUAAUAGCCCAAGUGUAUCUUUAAGCUACUGCAUAACUAUUUUGCCUACUUCAUUGAGAAAUGAACAUUAGUUUUUAAUUGCAUGUGUAAUUUUAAUUUGCUCUGCAGCAAGUGGAUCUCCAGCAUUAGUGGAACAUCUCAAAAUGUGCAAAAUUAGGGUGAAGUUGAAGGGUUAGCCUCGGCUCACUGGAAGCAAACAAUCAAAUGGUUCAGUGAAGUUGUAGUAUCAUUUAAUGAAUGAUGUCAAGAUAUUUCUUCAGUUAUUUGGUAUAGUUUAGUCGCUUUGUUUUCAAACUGCACGUAGGUCACUUUAGACAGAUGCUGUCACAAAGUAAAUAUUACCAAAAUGGAGUUGUUAGUGUUGUGAACUACGGAUGACUUGGUUACAUCAUUAGUAGUAGAUAAUCAUUGAUGAACUACAGGUACACUAUUAACUUCACUAACAUUAAGAUAACAAUAACUUCUUCAGUGUAUAUAAUUUACAUGAAUUAUUAAUCCAGUGACUAUAAAGUUUAUUAUUAGCAAAACUCUUGAAAGCUGCUUGAUUUUUUACUUUCUGGAAAUAUAAAAAGAUUGUAAAAUCCUACGAUUUUAGUUAUCAUAUUUCUUGAUAAGAAAUGCAUAAUGAUAUAAUCUAGGACUAAUACACUUGCAGUUCAUAAAAACUACUAAUUAUGACACAUUUUGCAAUAAACCUGCAAAUUCUAAGCAUAAUGUGUUUACUAUAAAGAGAGUUUGUUGUGCAUUGAAUGUGUUUUCAGCUUGUAAAAUUUUAGGAGUUUUGGCAGGUGUUGCCAUCUACAGCUCAUGUGUAUCAGUACUAUUCCAAAGGUUAAUUUUUAUUUUAAAUAUUUUAACUUUUGUUUUAUGGAAACUACAGUUGUUGACUUGCAGUUGCUAGUACAAUUCUAGGACAUGUACAGUACAUUGACCAGACCACACACUAGAAGGUGGAGGGACGACGACGUUUCGGUCCGUUCUGGACCAUUCUCAAGUCGAUUGUCAAUCACAAUCUCAAGUCAAUCACAAUUGACUUGAGAAUGGUCCAGGACGGACCGAAACGUCGUCGUCCCUUCACCUUCUAGUGUGUGGUCUGGUCAACUUACUUUAGCCACGUUAUUGUGACUCAUCGCCUGCAUGUACAGUACGUGUACUGGAUUUGGUGAGACAAGUGCUGUAAUGGAAGCCCUGAGGAUUUUUUGUGUGAUUAGCACAGAUAAAAGUCAUUUCAAAAUAUUACAUUUUCUGCUUUAAUCUUCAACAUUAGUUAUGUCAUAUACCUGUCAAUUUUUUUUUUAUUUUGGCUCGGUAAUAUUUUCUACAGCUUGUGUUAGAUUACACAAAUGGAGUGGUUCUUUAUGAACAUGUUUAUGAUUAAGGAUAUAUGUUAUGGUAUGGAGAAAAUAUAAUAGUUUGAUUUCUCUAACGGUGACUUUGAUAGAAGUAAUUUGAAAAUCCAUUAUUGAAAUUAUUCUUACGGUAUACAAGCUUUACUGUGGGAAGUCCUUUGUUGUGUUAGGAUUUAAAAUGUAUUGUUUUCAAGGUAUUUUAAUCCUUUUUGAAUAAGUAUGCACUGUAUAUGCUGAUUUUAAAACAAAUAAGGAAUUCUAGUUUUGAAAAUAAUUAGAUUUUGAGUUUUAUUGUAAAAUUGAUGAAGUCAACUUGGGAAAAUUCUAUCUUCAUUUGUUGGACUUUUAUAUUUUCUAGCUCCAAGAUAAGCUGUAAUAAAUGAUAAUAUGAUCUAGUCUAGACUAAUUUCAUUGCAUAAUUAGCUUGCUGUCACAUAAGAUGGUAAAUAUUGUGGUGAUAAUUUAGAUGUCAUUAGUGAUGAGCAAGUCCCAGCUCUAUAAUAACAAUACUAUAGGAGAAUUCUUCAAUAAUUCCACUUACAUGGGUAGAUGGAAACCAGCUUUAUUUUCUAAUUUGGUGGUUAAAGAUAUGAGUAAGCUUGACCCUUAGGACACACCAUAACUUUGUGAGGCAGCUCAUGGAUCUGUGAUGGUUUGUAAGCAAAACCAGGCUAGCAUGCAAAAGUUGUGGGUGUAAAGUGAAAAUGAAAAUUUUCUUUGGACAUCCAAAUUGCUCUUUGGAUGCCCAAAGAAAAUGGACAUACAUACCGGUAAAAUUACACAAUUUAUUUGUAUUGAUGUGCAUCACAGUACACUCCCUCCCCGGGUCUAGUCCAGCGGGUGUUGCAUAGAAGUACUUGCAAUGUAUAAUGUGACAAGGGUGUGGUUUGUAAGGCAUUUGUAGAGUAAGGAAUAAGGAUUGGUAAGGAUUGGUGAAGUCGAGUGUCACUAGUGACAACGGUGGUCAUCUGGUGCCUGCUUGAUCAUAGUGCACACUUGUAAACACACCCUUCUAGGUUACUAUUAUUACUCCUGCAGAGAAAGUAGGGGAAUGUUAUAAGGGAAGAGAUCACAAUCCUUUUCCUGGUAUUUUUGUGAAACUGACAACUUGUGUCCAAUACUUGCUCCACCAGUUUAUCAAGCUUUGACACAACUUUUUUAUUUGUUUUCGUUUUUCUGAUGCACAAGGAAGAAGCUCAAUAUGCUAGUGUGCUAACUGCAAAGGAAAACAGUAAAUAGAUUUUUAUAAUAAUUA